AUGGUCCAUCAGGUGCUCUACCGGGCGCUGGUCUCCACCAAGUGGCUGGCGGAGUCGGUUCGGGCUGGCAAGCUGGGGCCUGGCCUGCGGGUGCUGGACGCGUCCUGGUACUCACCGGGCACCCGCGAGGCCCGCAAGGAGUACCUAGAGCGCCAUGUGCCCGGCGCCUCCUUCUUUGAUAUAGAGGAGUGCCGGAACGCGGCGUCGUUCAGGGUGGUCCCAGAACACAGGUUUUUAGGGUCGGACCCGCCUGACUCCAUAGGACUGGAUCCGGGCCACAUCCGAGGCUCAGUCAACAUGCCGUUCGUGGACUUCUUGACCGAGGACGGCUUCGAGAAGAGCCCAGAGGAGCUGCGUGCUCUGUUCGAGGCCAAGAAGGUGAAUCUGGCCCAGCCCCUCAUUGCCACCUGCCGGAAGGGAGUCACCGCCUGCCACAUUGCCCUGGCCGCCUACCUCUGCGGCAAGCCCGACGUGGCCGUCUACGACGGCUCCUGGUUCGAGUGGUUCCACCGGGCCCCCCCGGAGACCCGCGUGUCCCAGUGGCAGCGCGGGAAGGCCUGA